GUGUGUAAAAAUGGGAUUGUUCACUUCAACUUUUUCCAAAUCUUCGGAUCAGCGCACACCUAUAAAAGGACCGUUGCCUAAAAUAUUGAACGUCUUCAAAGUUCACCAUCGAGCGAUACUCGGAUGCCUAUUUCCACUAGUACUGAUACCAUGGCAACCAAAGAAAGGACGGACGGACAUUACGGCGCGGUGCCUGUGGAUUUGGAUGUUCUUCUCGUUCCUGUUCCAGCCGGUGAACAUCCCCGUGACGGCUCUCAUCCCCAUCUUCCUGCUGCCCAUGACCGGCACCGUUGACACUGGCACCGUCUGCAAGUGCUAUUUCAAUGACAACAUAGCUCUGUUCGUGCUGGGCAACAUGUUGCUGCUGAUGAUCAACAGCUGCGGUCUCGACAAGCGCCUCAUCAUGAAACUCCUCUGCUCCGGAGACAACUGUCAGUUUGCCGGCAAAAGGAUAAUUUUCAAAGCCUGCACUGCUGCGUAUUUCCUGUCGAUGUUCUCCAACAGACUAAUCGUGUCUUCCACCAUUAUUAAUUACUUGACGCCGAUUUAUCUCAAUUUGCAGGCUAAUAACAAGGGUUCGGAGCCAAACUACGAUGAAAUGCGUUACAUCAUAAAUAACGCUGUGCAAGUUGCUUCAGCAAUUGGUAGUACUGCUUUCAUAAAUUCUGCAGUCACCCCUUUGGCUAUGCGAGCAAUAUACGCGACACACCCUGGGAAAAACUUUGAGUAUCCAGAUAUUUUUAACUUCUUCCAAUACUCUUUGUUCGCAUUUCCUACCACGCUUAUAAUGUUUAUCUUGACUUUUUCCUUUCACAUGGUGCUACUGAAUUUUGUUGUUGGAAAACCAAUGAGUGCUGGCAACAUGACUGAAGUUAGAAACAAGUUGCGACAAAAACAGUCGGAAUUGCCGAAGCAAAGUUGUCACGAAUUGCUGUGCCUGUUCUCCUAUAUACUGUUCCUCAUAAUGGCAUCUACACGCUGGUGCCCAAUCGUUUUCAACAAUGGUUGGGCUAAUUUUUAUACUCUGACUGACAAAGUUCCAGGAAUCAAAGACGCAACAGUUGCAGCUAUAUUCGUUAUUGUUUUGAGUGCUCUGCCUCGAACUUGUAACACAUUGCGUUUUAUUUUAGCAGAGAAAAGGUCAGAACUUGGCUCUGUGAAGCCUGAAUCUUCGAUAUUAUGGUGGAGGUAUACUGACAAAAAAAUUAAUUAUGCUUAUGGCAUUUUGAUUGGGUCUGGAAUUGCCUUGAACACGGCUGUACGAAUGACAGGAUUGAACAAGGCAGUAUCAGAAAGUUACAUGACAUUUGUUACCACUCCGAACUGGAUUAUUUCCCUGCUGUUGAUAUGUCUUAUUGCUGUCGUCUUUAGUUGCACAAUGUCUGGUGUUGCUGCUUGUGUUAUAUUUAUGCCUGCAGUGUUAAAUAUGAUAACUGAUCCAGGCCCCGCUGCACGAGUAACAACUGAGGAGCUACAGAAGAAAUUGUAUUUAGCGGCUUUGGCAGUAGGCAUGGGUACAUCGUAUGGAUUCACGACACCUUUCAUGUUCACUCCAGCGUUCUUUUGUAAUAAAGAAGGAAAAGUUCCUACUAAAAAAAUGAUUUUAUAUUCAAUCGUGCCUGCAAUUAUUUGCGUGCUGGUGCUUUGGAUCGCUAUAUACGCUUAUGCUCCUGUGAUUUUCGAUCCAUCCGGUAGUGGUAUACCUGCGUACGCCACAGGUUCCGCUCCUGCCCCUAAGCCUUCAGCUGAACCUGCCCCGGAACCAGGUCCAGCCCCAGCACCGGAACCAGCACCAGAACCAGAACCAGCUCCAGAACCAGCUCCCGAACCUGAGGCGUAAUUAUUUGACCACCUAGUGGCAUUGGGAACGACUAUAUCUAACUUCUUUUCUUUUAUGUGUGUUAGUGGCUUAUUUCACUAGGAUGUGAUGGCGUUGUGGCCGUGUAUCCAUGCAAUUGUCAUCUUAUUUACUUUUAGAUGUUUCGUCGCCAAAACAUUUCAAUGCAAAAUGUUUAGAUACUCUAGCAGGCGAUGACCAUUGUCUUCUAGUGAGUUAGGGCACACAUAAUAUUUUGAAUGGGAACAAUUUAGAUGAUUAAUAUCAAUGACCUGCAUUACAAUUUCUCUCAAUAUUUAAGAUAAUGAUUAUCUUUUAGAGUUGUUGAUACUUUCUUAAGGCGUUAUUUUAAUUUUUACCUAGUUAUA